CCCUCCGAACCCAUCCCUCUCCAUCUCCGGCUAUCCCCCGCCGUCUCGGCUUCCUCCUCCCUGCACCCUGCUCCGUUUCCUCCUCGUGCACAGAUUCCCAACCCACCCGGGCUCGGCCUAUAAAAUCGCACCAGCGCAAUCCCGAAUCCCCGCAAAACCCAUCACCGAAGCUAAGCGCGAGCAGCAACGCCGCCGCCGCCGCGAUGAUCCUCCGCAUCCGCAGCCGCGACGGCACGGACCGCAUCACGGUCCCGGACCCUGCCUCCGCCACCGUCGCCGACCUGCAGCACCUCAUCGAGUUGCACCUCACCGUGCCCGUCCCGCUCCAGCGCCUCUCCCUCGACCCGGCCCUCCUCCUCCCCAGCCCCUCCGCCGCCGUCCCCCUCCUCGCCGACCCGGCCGCCACGCUAGCCUCGCUCCGCCUCGCCAACGGAGCCUUCGUCUACCUCGCCUACCCGCCCGACGCGCGCUCCGCCCGCCCGCCGCCGCCCAAGGCGCUCUCCGCCGCCGGCUCCUUCGGCAAGAAGAUGACCAUGGACGACCUCAUCGCGCGCCAGAUCCGCGUCACCCGCCAGGAGAACGCGCUCUGCGCCGCCGCCUCCUUCGACCGCGACGCCGCCAACGCGUUCCAGCUCUACGUCGCCGAGUCCCUCGCGUUCGCCGUCAAGCGGGCGGGCUUCCUCUACGGCCGCGUCGACGCCGAGACCAAGGAGGUCUUCGUAGACUUCAUCUACGAGCCGCCGCAGCAGGGCGCCGAGGACGUGGUCCACCUCAUGAGGGAUCCCGACGAGGAGGCUCGCGUCGACGCCAUCGCCGAGGGGCUCGGGAUGCGCCGGGUCGGCCUCGUGUUCACGCAGGCCGUGGGGAGGAAGGCCAGCGAGACAGGCGAGUACACCAUGUCCAAUAGGGAGGUUGUGCAGGCCGCCCAGCUGCAGGCUGAGGGUGGGAUCCCGGAGUGGAUCACCGCCAUAGUGAAAUUGGAGGUGGGGGAUGACGGUACCGGGGACGUGCACUUUGAGGCCUUCCAGAUGAGUGAGAUCUGUGUAAAGCUCUUCAAGGAUGGGGUACUGGAAACUGAAGUUGGGGACACCGAUGACCCCCGCUUGUCCAAGAUGCGGAAGGAGGUGGUGGCAGGGGGUAAGGAUACUAUGGAGGUGGACAAUGACUUCUUCCUUGUCCCUGUCAAGAUCUCUGAUCACCAGGGUCCACUCUCAGUAGGCUUUCCUAUAGAGAACCGUGGCAGUCCUGUAGGAAUGAGUGCGCUGAGAAGCCACCUGGACCGGACAAAGCAUCUGACAUUUGUGAAGCGGAUCUCCGACUUCCAUUUGCUGCUCAAGGUCGCUACUUUCUUAGAUGUAAAGGCAGAUGUGCCUCCCCUAGCUGCAUGUGUAAAAACUCAGAGCAGGGUGCCUGAGGGCUACCAGCUUCUGAUCGAGUCCUUGGCUAGUCAGGGAUAAUCUUGCUCAUGGAGGCAAGACAUGACGAUGCUUAAUUUACUUGUCACAUCAUGUGUAACUUAUGGAUGUCUCAGGUGUAUAAGUAUUUUUCAAUUCUUAUGCGACUACCAUUCUGAUA